UCGAUAGUCUUUUAUGAUGAUGAGCUCUUUGGUUAGUCAAGAUUAUGAUGCAGAAUCAGGAAGCCAUCAUUCCGCCCCCGGUACUAGUUAUCCCUCAUCAGGUUUGGCUACUUCAGCAACGCAUCGCAGAUUUUCCCCAGCUCGCCGGCUUUUUUGUCUUCUUGCACUCUUCGAUUUCUUGGCCACUUUGUUUAUUUGGAUUUUGUACGCGCAUGUAAGUAAUCCCUUUUUUUUUGUUUUGUUUUUUUUGUUAAAGGUAUGUUAGCUAAUAGGUCGCAAUAAGCGUAAUGUCUAAAGCGGAAAUAAUUAAUAUUCUAUGAAGGACAGUGCCUGUUAUCACUUAAAUCUCAGUUAUUUCCAUGGCUUUAUAUUUCACUUGAGCUCAAUCAAACGUUUUCGUUCGGGAUCCUCGGAUAAUUCACGCAAGAGUUAGAGAUCACAUGAUCACGUAUAAUUUCCUUUUGAUACCAGUACUAUUUUCUACCAUUAGUGUUGCAUAGACAUACACUGUAAUCGAUAAGAAAAGAAAAAAGUUAUUCAUCCAUAAAAGUUUUUGAAAAUCAAAUCCACACAAUUUUUGCAGAAACUGCCAAAGAAAAUACAAGCUCUUGAAAAUUUACACUUAGGACUUUUUUAAAUUUUUGUUCUUGAAGACUGAUGAAUAUAAUGAAGGCCUAUAACAUACAUUUGCUAGCUACUUUGUAAAUUUUGAUCAAAGACAUAAAUUUAAGUAUGUUUUGAAUUGAUCAUAAGUCUGGGAUUUAAUCCUUUAACUCUCAUGAGUGACCAAGACAGAAUUUCUCCUUACAAUACAGUCAAUACAUAUCAAGCCAACAACUGAAAGGGUUAGAUUACUGGAAAGUUAGAUAACUAGUAUUGAUUACUAGACCAUUGAUAGAAAAGAAACAAUUUAAAAGUGUGUCUUGGUACUUUAAAGAUAGCAGAUUUCAACUGUAAAGAUUUGGUGUGCUUAUUAGCUCAGUGAGAUUUGUGACAAUGCUUCCUUCUUCAAGGCUUAGAAAUGAGUGCAAUGUUUUAAAACUUUGUAUGAAUCAAUUUUCAGGGUUUAAGUGGUGAGUUUAAGGAAGUUAUCAAAUCUGAUGUUCAGAAGUACAAUAAAAAAUCUUUGUGUGAUUUAGUGGUAAGUGUUUAACUCUGAUGGGAUUUUUUUCUUGUUAGAUGUAAUCCUCAUCACAGAUAAUCUGACACAAUGAUAACCAAACAGUGCUAUUGUCCAGCCAUAUUUACUGAGCAAGAAGUGGUGACUAAAGAUUUUUUUAUACAGCCAAAAUUAAGCUAGUGCUCAACAAUUUUACUCCUGUAACUGAAAAAUUAGUGCGAAACCUCUCCUUGGUUUUCUCGGGUCAUUACCAUUAACAUCCCCAAUGUAGCUCUAGUCUUUUACAUGUAGUUUUGGGUUUUUAAAUAUGAAUUUUCAAAUUUAUCAGAAAUUCAAUUUGGGCAUUAAGUUUCAAGAAUAAAAAUGUUUUAGUUUGCUAACUCAUGAUGUGACUUGCAUGUUUAGAUGUUGGCAUUGUGGCGGAUGACUGUUCUUCUUCUUGCUUAUGCCCUAUAUGUUAGCCGAAAGUGGUAUGCUGUAGGGGUGAGUAUAAAAGAUUUGUACACACACCUAGCCUGUAGAGCAGGCAUAAUUGUCACUAGCAAGUGGUAUAUUCUUGUUGUAAAACAUAGCUGCCAUCUUUGAUUUUUAAAGCAUGGGAAGGCUAGGCAGAGAAAGAAAUUUGUGCCAAGGGUGUGCAUGAUGGUCGUAAGAAAUGAGAGGGGAGCAGAGGUGGGGUUUUCUCUGCCUUCUUCUCCCUUUUUCCACUCUAACUCUUAAUCAACCUGGCCUCUUGGCCAUCAGAUAAAUUUUUGCGAACUUUUACUUUAACUUGCUCUAAUAACACCCUUGCACUGCAAGCUAACACAUAUCUUGAUAGCAUUAUCUACAGGUGCAUUGUUAACGUAACAUAGUGAUUAUAAUACAGCACAGAAACUCCACUGAAAAUAAUAUUUAGUAAAUAGUUGAGUUGAAUUGAAUGAAUUCUUUGCAGAAAAUAUUUGACAGCAACACUUUGAUUAAAAAAAAAUUUAAAUGUUAGCUCAUAUAUGCAGUGUGCACGACAAAAUGCUUAUGAAUUAGUCAGCCCACCGUCAAGAGAAACUGACCAAUAAGUUUCCACAAGUUAGACUCAUCGUGUCAGACUGAUAAACAACUCCUUGCUUAACUCUGGUGAUGACUUGUGUUCAGGUUGUCAAAAUUUUAGUAACUGCCAGUGCUAGGAGUCCUUUUUAGGUGUAUGCUUGCCCUGUAGGAGUAAAAAAAUCAAUCAAUUGUUGCUUUAACAGUGCCCAAAUAAUUUAUUGUUUUAAAUUGUGAUUCAUUUCCAGAUCCUGUAGGAACAUUGAGAUAAAUUUUUUUUUCUCUGUAUGAUUUUCUUUAAUUUAUAGUUGACAACUGGCAGCUCAACUGUUUUUCUUCUAGUCAAAGUCAUAUUAAUGGAAUUCACGGUAAAUUAACUUUAUGAACUGGAUAAUGUCAAACACUUAAGGUGUAUCUUAGAAAUGUGUUUAUGAGGCUCAAUAGCAGCAAAGUAAUGAAAAACAUAAGAACAGACUUCUAUUUGCACAAGGUAAAAAGUACUUGUACUAGUUAGGUAGCAAAACUUUUGGAAAACAAUUGAAAAUUGCUACAAGUGGUGCAGUUAACAUUUCCAAUUUUGUACAAGGAUUUAUGACUUGCGUGUUUUUGUGGUACUUUUGAAAAGUGUUUUCUUUGACUGACUCUUUUAUCAAAGGGGACAGUCAUAUUUGAGAGCUCUUUUUUGGUGCAAGGUAAACCAGGGUUGAAGGGGUGCAUGGAAAAAAGGCCCAAGUGACUUAUUAUCAGCUACCAUUGUCUCAUUUCAAAUUGACUCUUCUUCCCUUUUGAAACAGAGGGAGAAUUAAGUGUUGCAUCAGUUGUUACUCAACUGCUUCCCUUAUUUUGAUACUUACCAAUCCCUUCUUUUUGUUGGCUACCAAAAACAUAAUGGAUCAUUACUAGUUACACAACAACUUUUUUUCUUCCUUGUUGGGAUCAUGCUUACAAUUUGCAAUAUGUACUUAUUCCUGUCAUAAAAACUAAGUUGCUAUAAAGAAAUAAAAAAUCCUUAUGCUCACAAUUCACAGCUAAGAAUCAAGCCUUGUAUUGCUCAAGUUUAAGUAAUAAUUUGUUCAACUAAUGUUACGAUUGACCCUUGUUUAAGUUAUGUCAACUUUUUCACUCCAAAGAUCUCAUCAGUAACUCUUCUUACUUUCUGCCAUGGAAUUCUUACAAUGUUACUUCAGAGAAUUUAGUAUUGGAUCAACCAAUACAUGUAAUCCCUUAAUUGAUAUUUUUCUUUAUUCUCAUCACUUGUCUACUUGAUAUUGUUUUCAUUUUUGUAAGGAGAAGUUCUGUGUUGGUCACUAUGGGAAUUUGAGAGAUAUGGCCAUUAUCCCAUGUAUUGAUAUGUUCAACUUCAGGUCACGGUUUAUAUGAACUUGACACUUGGAGCAAACUUAUGAAAAUUGCCCUUCUCAAAAUGUUCCUUCCUAAAUCCUCUUCUAUAAUGUCUUGCAAACCUGAUUAAAGAUUGAUUCAUGAACAUCCAAUCUAAAUUUAACUGAAAAAUUGAAGGGGAAUUGACACAGUCCUAUCAUCUAAUUACGUUUUUUUUUGGUUUGUUCCCUGUGCAGUGUCCAAAAGAUGGAACCAGCGCAUAUUUGUACUAUGUCCCAGUCUUGUCGUCGCUUAUUUUAUCGUGGGUAGAAGUUUGGGUUUUUGAUUUUAAGGUAUGUUACACAAAUGACUAUUUAUUAAGAAAAUAUUCUCUUGAAUGUCGAAAGGAAUCCGAAAUUUUUUGGUUUUGCAUCAAUUCGGUCUGUGAUUGGUCUAGAAAGUCUGCACCUUCCUCUUAACCAAUCAGACGCUAAAGAAAACCAAAGGUGACUUGGUAGCCCGCGUUUUCCCGCGUUUUUGGUAGUUUGCCUGUUUUACUUUGAGUGCUCUUUUAUUUGGCUAAUGAUGAUAUAAAACGUAUUUAUUAUUGUGCAGUGGGUGACACUGUAGCCAUACGGUUAGCGCGUGCGCUAAAAUCAGGAAAAUUAUCAGAGAAGCACGACGAAAUUCUGUGGGGUAAUCUUAGGAUGAACUGGCAUCUUCUCCAAGUAGAGGAAGUAGUAAUACUCCGAGUCACUUCAUGCCACAGAAAUCGCGAUAAGUUCCGGCUGGAUGAGUCACGUGGCUCGAUUGCAGACUUGACAUUUUCGCUAAAAGUCACCAGCUACGAUGAAAUGUAUAACAGGCUGAAUUACACACGCGUUUUGAUUGGUCUUUACUCGUGAUCUAUUGGAGGAAAGACGCAUAGAUGACGUCACCAGUAACAAAAUUUUUCUUCUUGAUUGUGUGAAACAAAUGAGCUCCAUGUUGCCGUGCGUCUUUCCAGAAAUAGAUUACAGACGUCAAAAUGUGGUAACACUCGUCUGCGCCUCGUGGGCCACUUUUUUGUUCUCACAAAAUCUUGAGGUCAUCUGUGAUCCACAACUGUACAGGCGCACGGCAUGGAAUCUAUUUGUUAACCCUUUACACCCUAACAUCAGUAUGCAUAUUCUCCAUACUGUUCUCAAUACAUUUCCUAAGGUGCUGAUAAGGAGAAUUUGUUUAACAAUCUAGAGCUUCUAUCGUUGGUGAUCAUUUCCUUUUUUCUUGUGACCUUUCUGUGUGAUUUGGGGUUGAUAUUGUAAGGAGAAAUUAGAUGCUAGUCACUCUCGGGGUUUAAUGGUUAAUCUGUCCUCACAGCCACGUUCUUAAAAUCUAGUCAAACGUUUUGUUGCAGUUCAGUUUUUCUCUUUUCAAGCUUGUUCACUCCA